UUUUACUAGUAGACCAGACUCCACCUCCUGGUUCACACCAUUCCAUUUCGUGCACGCAUGCGCAAAAUACCACCGCCGCCAGAUUCAAAACAAGCUUUUAUGGUCAUCAUGAAGUACUGGUUUUCUGUCACGGGGCUGCUGUCGACAAACAAGCCUGUUGUGAGGAGAGACCCUAGAAAACAAAAGGGUACAGAACUGAGGUUGAUUCCACGAGUGUCGCUUGGUCCACGAGUGGUGAUUGACACUAGUCAUACCAGUGAUGAUGGAUCAACUCCAACGUCUGUGAAGUACUGGUUUUCUGUCACGGGGCUGCUGUCGACAGACAUGACUGUUGUGAGGAGAGUCCCUAGAAAGCAAAAGCCUACAGAACUGAGGUUGAUUCCACUAGUGUCGCUUGGUCCACGAGUGGAGCUUGACAUGUAUCACAAGGCAAAGACAAAGUGCAUCAAGGCAGUAGCUCGGGCUGAGUCUGAAACGGAACUGAAGAUAUUAACGGGUUCACAGUUGCUCUAUGAAGGUUUAGAAGAACUAACUGUAGAGGAACUGGAACGGUUCAGACUUUGUGUGAUUGAGGGGAUACUAGAAGUGUUUGUCCCCAUCCCUGAAGAACUGCUACCAAAUGAAUGUGUGGGCGUCGCUGAGCGCUUAAUGGAGAUCUAUGGCAUUGAGGGCUCCUUAACGGUCACCGUGAACAUUCUGUACGCAAUGAACUGCGAUGACCUCGCCAAUAGACUACGCACAUCGGUGGACCGAUUGCAGACUCAUCCCAAAUCCGAGUAUCCGAUGAUGGACAUCUGCAUCGUAAAAGGAGCAGAUGAUGACUGGAUGACUGGUGAUGUGGCCCCAUACACCUGCAUUCUCACAUUGGACUCACAAACAGCCCACCGCAACCUCAGUCUGUCUGGGGGGGACACCAAGGCAACGUUCCUGUCGAAGAAGCAGUCGUGUCCCGAGCACCCCGAGAGGUUCGACCUGUGGCCCCAGGUGAUGUGCAAGGAGGGCGUGAGCUACGGCCGCUACUGCUGGGAGGUGAGGUGGGGCGGAUACGCCGCCAUCGGCGUCGCCUACAAGAGCAUCGGCAGGAAAGGGCGGGGCGACGACUGCGGCCUCGGCUUCACCAAGAAGUCCUGGUGCCUGUUGUGCGAAGUGAAGAAGUACUCUGCCUGGCACGACGCCAAUCCCAUCGCCCUCGCCGAGGAGCCAUCGACCUCAAGGAGGAUCCGCGUGUGCUUGGACUGGUACGCUGGCACCUUGACCUUCUACAAGGUCGCCCAAGACGCACUGAUACACCUGCACACGUUCCAUGCCGCGUUCAGCGAGCCGCUCCACCCGAUGUUCAGGUUCUACUACUUUGGCCAGUUUGGAUCCUCAGUGACCCUGGGAAUGCCGGGCCUAGCCAUGUAGAUGUCAUCAUAGAGAUGUGAUUGGUUAUUAUCAACCCAGCCUGACAGCCAGUCUGAAUUUACCCCACCCGCUAAACUAGCCAUGUAGAUGGCAUCAUAGAGAUGUGAUUGGUUAUUAUCAACCCAGCCUGACAGCCAGUCUGAAUUUACCCCACCCGCUAAACUGUGUAGGAUGUCAAAUGCCUUAAUAUCUGUUUUCGUUUUGCCUUUUGAAGUUAUUGCUUGGCCAA